AUGCUGCAGUAUAUGGAUGCCGAGCAUCUGCAACACAAGACGCAUAGAUAUUUGACGAUAGCUAUUUAUAAUGAAGCUGCUACUUGCGUUGAGUAUCCAUGGUCAGAUAAAAGCAAUAUGAUGAAUCCACAAGAAGCCCUGCAGCGCACUGAUGCUGCGAAAGAUGGAGACGGGUUAUCUACUCUGGCAUCAGCUGCGACAACGAAUCAACUGUGA